AUGACGUAUGUGACCUUCUCACCAGGAGCAUUUUUAGGAGGAAACACGACAUGUGAUCGGAAGCAGCACGGUCUGGUCCUACUUAACCAGCCCAUCACCAACAUGGAGCUUUUCAAACAAGCUUGGACUUUCUGUGAACGACGAAUCUGUGCAGAUGGAGGAGCCAACCGACUGUUUGAUGCCCUCAAGACGGACGAGGAACGUCUCAGGUUCCUACCUGACGUUAUUGUGGGCGACUUUGACUCGCUGAGAGACAAUGUACGACAGUGGUAUGAAGAUCAUGGAGUGCUGGUGAAACAUGACACGAGCCAGGAUACGACCGAUUUCAUGAAGGCCGUGACUCUAGGCAACGAAUUGUACCAGGUGCACGGCUUGCUGGUUCUAGGAGCUCUCGGAGGUCGUUUGGAUCACACCUUCCACUCCAUCUUCCAUCUGUUUUUAUCCCUCAAGCACCACCAGACGGUCUACCUGCUCAAUGACGCCUGCGUGUCCUUUCUGCUACACCCCAAUGUGCCCAACAUUGUCAAGACUCCCCAGAACCUGCUUGGAAAGGCUGUGGGUAUCAUUCCUGUUGCUGGACCUACCAGAAUCACUACCAAGGGUCUACAAUGGGACGUGGAGGAUUGGGAAACGUCCUUCUACACCCAGAUUUCCACCUCCAACUAUCUGGUUGCCGACCAGGUAACCAUCGAGUCUCCUGAUCCUGUUCUCUUUACCAUUGAGUUCAAGUUCAACGAGCUCCAUGGAGGUUAG